AUGGAUAACGCCUUCGUUAAAACAUCGGAGGAAGUGUGUCAGUAUUUCGGUGUAGACGAAAAUUUGGGAUUAACGGAGGAGCAAGUCAGGAAACAUACAGAAAAAUAUGGACCAAAUGAAUUGCCUGCAGAAGAAGGUAAACCUUUAUGGGAGCUCAUACUGGAACAGUUUGAUGAUCUUCUAGUAAAGAUUUUGCUUCUUGCUGCUAUUAUUUCUUUCGUGCUCGCCUGGUUUGAGGAACAUGAAGAGCAAGUCACAGCCUUCGUGGAGCCCUUUGUCAUUCUCACCAUCUUGAUUCUCAACGCUGUCGUGGGAGUGUGGCAGGAACGCAAUGCAGAAAGUGCCAUUGAAGCAUUAAAAGAAUAUGAACCCGAGAUUGCCAAGGUCAUCCGCGCUAACUCCAAGAGCGUUCAGAAGAUUCGCGCCAGUUUGGUGGUGCCCGGAGAUAUUGUUGAAGUCUCAGUUGGUGACAAGGUACCUGCAGACAUUCGUAUUAUCAAAAUUACUUCUACAACACUGAGGGUAGACCAGUCCAUUCUUACCGGUGAGAGUGUCAGUGUACUUAAACAUACAGAUCCCAUCCCUGACCCUCGAGCUGUCAAUCAGGAUAAGAAGAACCUGCUUUUCUCGGGAACCAACAUUGCAGCCGGAAAAUGUCGCGGAGUCGUUAUUGGAACAGGCCUAAACACAGAAAUUGGUAAAAUCCGUAAUGAGAUGAUGGAGACCGAGACAGAGAAGACCCCCCUCCAGCAGAAACUGGAUGAGUUCAGCAACCAGCUAUCCAAGGUGAUUACAAUUAUCUGUGUGGCCGUCUGGGCCAUCAACAUCGGCCAUUUCAAUGACCCCGCUCAUGGAGGAUCAUGGAUGAAGGGAGCCAUCUACUAUUUCAAGAUUGCUGUAGCUUUGGCCGUGGCUGCUAUCCCAGAAGGUUUGCCUGCUGUGAUCACAACUUGUUUGGCCCUGGGCACUCGCAGGAUGGCCAAGAAGAAUGCAAUUGUGAGAUCCCUGCCCUCGGUGGAGACUUUGGGCUGCACAUCUGUCAUCUGUUCUGACAAGACUGGAACCUUGACCACUAACCAGAUGUCUGUCUGUAAGAUGUUCAUCUUCACACAAGUGGAAGCAAACACUAUCAAGACCCAGCAGUUUGACAUCACCGGCUCAACCUAUGCCCCAGAAGGAGACCUUUUGGUCAACAACAAAGUGGUCAAAGCCAGCGACUAUCCCGGACUGGAGGAGAUAGUCACCAUCUGUGCCAUCUGUAACGACUCCAGUGUCGACUAUAAUGAGACUAAAGACAUUUACGAGAAGGUGGGAGAGGCCACAGAGACUGCCCUGACAGUGUUAGUGGAGAAGCUGAACUUCUACAACACAGACAAAUCGGGCCUGUCCAAGCGAGAGAAGGGCACUGUCUGCUGCCAUGUGAUCCAGGACAUGUGGAAGAAGGAGUUCACCCUGGAAUUCUCCAGAGACAGAAAGUCUAUGUCCGUCUACUGUGUGCCAAAUAAACCUUUGAAAGUUUCUGGUGCACGUAUGUUUGCCAAGGGUGCCCCAGAGGGACUGCUUGACCGCUGCACCCAUGUCAGAGUUGGACAGAACAAGGUCCCCAUGUCACCAGCCAUCAAGAAUGAGAUCAUGAAACUGACCAAGCUCUACGGGACAGGUCGGGACACUCUACGUUGUCUGGCUCUAGCCACGAUUGACAACCCACCACGACGAGAGGACAUGGAUCUGGAGGAUGCCAGGAAAUUCAUUCAGUAUGAGACAAAUAUGACCUUUGUGGGUGUGGUUGGCAUGUUGGACCCCCCACGUGAGGAGGUCAAACAUUCCAUCAAAGCCUGUCGGGAUGCUGGCAUUCGAGUCAUCGUCAUCACUGGUGACAAUAAGGCCACAGCUGAAGCCAUCUGUAGAAGGAUUGGAAUCUUUGGAGAGAAUGAAUCUACAGAAGGCUUGUCCUACACUGGGCGAGAGUUUGAUGAUCUCAGUACAGAGGACCAGCGAGCUGCCUGCAUGCGUGCACGUCUGUUUGCUCGUGUGGAGCCAGCGCACAAGAGUAAAAUUGUGGAGUAUUUACAGAGUGAAGGAGAAAUUUCGGCCAUGACAGGUGAUGGUGUCAAUGACGCUCCGGCCCUGAAGAAAGCUGAGAUCGGCAUUGCCAUGGGUUCCGGAACAGCA